AUGGAGUUCCUGACGAGCCCAGAAAGCGCCUGGAAGAUCGGUCUAAUACUGGUAGCUGCCACCGCAGUCUACUCCAUUCUCUAUCGAUCAUCGAACAAACCUCUCUGGAGCAGAAUAUCCCUUCGCGGCCGCAAAGACUCGACAGCCAGAACACCCCCACGAUCCAUAUCACCCGAGAAGAAAAAUGCCAAUAGCGCCACAUCUCCCCCAAGCUACAACCAUGCCCUCCCACCGCAGCGUAGAGAGUCGCUCCUCCAGCUUAAAGGAGUCACCUUUCGCUGGCGCGAUAUCGACGAAACCGAAGUGCGCCAAAAUGCCUUGCCCAUGACUGUCGAUUAUAUGAAAAGCCCAGGCAACCUAUAUACACCCACCGGAUUCUCGGUAGACGAAGUGAAAGCCCUUGGCGACUUUCCGGAUUAUGCGACUUUAAGUGGAGUUCCACUCCCUGAUUCUUACCCCGAGCAUGUUAUUGAGAAAGCUAAGCCUCGGCCAUACAGGCCGUUCCGGUGGGCUUAUCAUCAAACCAUGUCCUUAACCAAGCUGGAGCCAGACUGGUGGAUUGAGCUUGAAAGCACAUACAAAAGCCGCAUUGCUCAACGCAAAGAACUGUUUGCGAAGCACGGCAAGGCAGUUCUCGACGCUAGGCCUGGCUCCGAACUGGCCUGCAAGGAACUCAUGGAGAUGGUUCUGCAGUUCAUUUGUGCUCGGUAUCCGCAAUAUUUCACGCUGGUCGACAAUAGUAUACUGCAGAAUCGAAUCCUCGGUACAGAGCAGGAUGUUCGAAGCAAGCCUCCUUUGGAAAUUCUUCUUGACAAUGUUCCCGAAGACUUUGCCCUCACGCUGCGAGACGAGAAGACUGGUUAUUAUUUCUUGCGUGCAGCUGUGAUCUGCUCAGCAUUGGGGUGGAAUGUUGCUUCCAAGAUUGAUAAACGAUUGGAUGCGAUUCACGAGCCCAUUCCAGAUUACAAAGAGAAAAUGCAGUUCUCCAUGGACCGAUAUUUCACCAAGAUGCCAACCGAAAAGCCUAUCCAACGAGGUUCAUGGGGUCUCGAAGCCGAGGAGUUGUUGUACAUGGCACCGGGUGACCCACAUGGGGCUCUUAGGCUAUCGCAGGAUCCUAAUUUGCAUCUUGAUGAUUGCACCCUGCGUGUAGACUGGCAGACCCUUCGUCGUCUACCUUUGUCGGCAUCGGUCGUUUUCAACUUCAAGGCGCUCUUCACACCGGUAUCAGAGUUUCGUGACGAGCCUGCCGUGCCAGCCCUGUUGGGAAAGCUCUUGAGAGAGGGAAAGGAGAGCAUGAUGAAAUAUAAGGGAGUAUGGCAUGUUCAGCAUGUCGUUCUGCCAAAGAUGGAGGAGUGGGCAAAGGAGCAGGAGGAGGCGGGUCUUGUUCCAAAGGAUUGGGAGGUUGCGACCCUGGAUGACAGUCCUUGGUUUAAAGGCUGGGAGGGGAAAUGGCAUCGCCAACAGGGCUUCUAG